AUUAGGCGCUGGGUGCUCUUCGAGAGGUUUUGCUGAAGGAGCUAGUUUAAAACUCCUUGAAAGACUGCCAUCACUCUCCCUUCCUCGCCGACGUUGUCCUCAAAGCUUCUGAGCCGCAGCCCCAAGUAGAGCCAGAGUAAUUUCUUCCCAGCCUUUUCACGUAACUCAGCCGAGAUUGUCUUUACCUGAACUUUCCAAUGGGGCCAAAUCUGCAGCUUUUGGGGUCAUCUGGGAGAGGAGUUAACCUAGUUUGCAUACUCCUGCCUACCAUGCUCAGCCACAAUAUGAAAAUUAGUGUUCUUUCAGAGGCGUUUCCUGAGUAGCCCGAGGUCGCAUUGAUCACUUACCUGCAGAAGUCAAAGCCAGAUUUUAUCCUGAUGGCUGACUCAAAACCACUCCCUGCCCUUAAUGGGAACCCUGUGGCUGCAGAAGCCUUGCUCCAGGAAGUGUUUGGGAUUGUUAUGGACGAGGCCAUUCGGAAAGGGACCUGUGUCUCCCAGAAGGUCUGCGAGUGGAAGGAGCCAGAGGAGCUGAAGCAGCUGCUGGAUUUGGAGCUGCGGAGCCAGGGGGAGUCGCAGGAGCAGAUCCUGGAGCGGUGCCGGACUGUGAUCCGCUACAGUGUCAAGACUGGUCACCCCCGGUUCUUCAACCAGCUCUUCUCGGGCCUGGAUGCCCACGCUCUGGCCGGGCGCAUUAUCACUGAGACCCUCAACACCAGCCAGUACACGUAUGAAAUUGCCCCUGUGUUUGUACUCAUGGAAGAGGAGGUGCUGAAGAAACUCCGGGCCCUGGUGGGCUGGAGUUCUGGGGAUGGGGUCUUCUGCCCAGGUGGCUCCAUUUCCAACAUGUAUGCUAUGAACCUGGCCCGCUAUCGGCGCUUCCCGGACUGCAAGCAGCGGGGCCUCCGGGCACUGCCGCCCCUGGCCCUCUUCACAUCGAAGGAGUGUCACUACUCCAUCAAGAAGGGAGCUGCUUUUCUGGGACUUGGCACUGACAGUGUCCGAGUGGUCAAGGCUGAUGAGAGAGGGAGAAUGGUCCCUGCGGAUCUGGAGCAGCAGAUCAUCAUGGCUGAGGCCGAGGGUGCUGUGCCCUUCCUGGUCAGUGCCACUGCUGGCACCACUGUGCUGGGGGCCUUUGACCCACUAGAGGCAAUUGCCGACGUGUGCCAGCGUCAUGGGCUAUGGCUGCAUGUGGAUGCUGCCUGGGGUGGGAGCGUCCUGCUGUCACAGACACACAGGCAUCUCCUGGAUGGGAUCCAGAGGGCUGACUCUGUGGCCUGGAAUCCCCACAAGCUCCUUGCAGCAGGCCUGCAGUGUUCUGUGCUGCUUCUCCGGGACACCUCGAACCUGCUCAAGCGCUGCCACGCGGCCCAGGCCACCUACCUUUUCCAGCAGGACAAGUUCUAUGAUGUGGCUCUGGACACGGGAGACAAGGUGGUGCAGUGUGGCCGCCACGUGGACUGUCUGAAGCUGUGGCUCAUGUGGAAGGCGCAGGGCGGGCAAGGGCUGGAGCAGCGCGUGGACCGGACCUUUGCUCUGGCCCGGUACUUGGUGGAGGAAAUGAAGAAGCGGGAAGGGUUCGAGCUGGUCAUGGAGCCUGAGUUUGUCAACGUGUGUUUCUGGUUUGUACCCCCCAGCCUGCGGGGGCAGCGGGGGAGUCCAGAUUACGAGGAGCGCCUGUCUAAGGUGGCCCCUGUGCUCAAGGAGCGCAUGGUGAAGGAGGGCUCCAUGAUGAUUGGCUACCAGCCCCAUGGGACCCGGGGCAACUUCUUCCGCAUGGUGGUGGCCAACCCUUCCCUGACCCUUGCUGACAUGGACUUCCUCCUGGACGAGCUGGAGCGCCUGGGCCAGGACCUGUGAGCUGCUGCUCCUCGUCGCUAGCCUUGAUACUGAGUCUAUUCCCUCCCUGUGCUCUCAAGAACAACCUGUCUGGGAAGCAAAGUGGCCUUCACAAGAUCUAUAUGCUUUGACCCACUAAUUCUUCUAAGUAUCUGAGAAUGUUUAAGUAUAGUAUAUCCAUAUGAUAGAAUGUUAUUCUGCCAUUGAAAUUACGUUUAUAAAUAGAAUUUUUAUUGAUACGAGAAAAUAUAACUUUAAUAUAAUGUUAUGUUAAAAAAGCUGGAUAUAAGACUUUUUAUAUAAUACUAUCUGAGCUAUGUUCAAAAAUACAUAGGAAAAGACUGAUAAAAUGAAAUAUGCCAAAAUGUUAAUAGUUUUCCCUGGGAUAGAAUAAUAGGCAAGUUUUGAAUAGACUCCUUUAUACCUUUUGUGCUCCCUCGCUUUUAUUAUGUAAUGAAUAUGCAUUCCUUUUGUAAUAGGAAAAUAAUAAAUUUAAAAUUUCUGAUA